AACUCUUAGCAAAAAAGCAAUUCAGGUGGAUGUGAGCUGAUUCAAAAGGCACACAGUGAAGGUUUAUAGGUGUUUAACCAACCAAUGGGGGUGUAACAUGUCAGACCAGAAAGUGGAGAGAAUGAGAAUAAAAGAGGAAGAGAAAGGAGGAGCCGGCAGUGUGUGUGUACGAUAGACUGAUAGGAGGGCUCUUCCUGAGUUAGGCUGUUUGCUCUCUGCUUUCUUCACUUCCAAGCCAUGGACUAAACCUGCACUGAUCUCUCUGUAGGAACAUUUGACCCACAUUUCAAGAUGAGCGACCAAGAGAGCAGCACUUCCGCCUCUCAGACGGAGGGAGAGGUAGAGGGUGAGUUGGAUGAAGAGGUGGACACAGAGAGGGAGGGUGAAAGAGAAAACAAUUUAAAACACAGGGACAGUCCGCCUCUCCACAUCUCCAGCUUCUCCUCCACUCUGCGCGCCGUCAUUCGAAUCAAGCAGAAGUACCAGACCCUGAAGAAGAGGCGUCAGGAGAUGGGAGAAGACGGGGCCCUCAUAGGAGCAUCAGGGAGAACCAGCCCCAAGAUCUUCACCUUCGACGGCACAACCCCUACUGCCUUGUCCGUCCCCCAGAAGAAGAAGAGGAAAAAGAGGAGAGGGGUGAUGUAUCCCAACAGAGGGAGGCGGCGGGUCCCUCCGAGGCAGGAGCGCAGCCGAGCCAAAUACUGCCUCUAUCUGCUCUUCGCCAUCGUCUUCAUCCAGGUGUACAACGCUAUAGAGAACCUCGACGACCACGUUCUUAGGUACGACCUGGAGGGGCUGGACAAGACGCUGAGGAGGGAGGUGUUUGGGCAGCAGGGAGCAGUGGAGGGUUUGCUGUCCCACCUGAAGGAGUACUUGUCCACCUACGUCCACAACAAGCCCCUGGUGGUGUCCCUGCACGGCCCCAGCGGUGUUGGAAAAAGCCAUCUGGGACGCCUUCUGGCGGGACAUUUCCGCUCAGUGGUGGGGGAGACGCUGGUGCUACAGUACUAUGUCCUCCACCACUGCCCCCAGGAGGCUGACACCCUGCAGUGCGCCCGAGACCUCUCCGCUAUGAUCUCGGAGAUUGUGGAACGAGCCGAGGAGGAAGAGAAGAUCCCGCUCUUCAUCUUCGACGAGGCCGAGCACAUGCACCUCGAGAUCCUGGAUGCGCUGCUGCAUCUCGUCUCGACCAAACAAUCCAACGAGUACCUGAACGCUAUCUACCUGUUCCUGAGCAACUUGGGGCACGCUCACAUCACCAAACAUAUGCUGCAUAACUCUUCAAGUAUUUCUAUGGCGAAAUCCGGUCGUCAUAAUCACUUUGUAAAAGAGCUGACUCUGAUUUUACGCAACACUUUGGAGAAGAUUCACACACUGUGGACAGAGGCGGACAUUUUACCUCUGGGUCUUUUGGAGAAAGGUCACGUGAUGGAGUGCUUCCUGGAUGAAAUGGCUCGAGAGGGCUUCUACCCGGAUCAUACCAACAUAGAGCGUCUAGCGGGGGAGAUUGAAUACUACCCUGAGGUAGGGGGACAUCAGUACUCCCAGACAGGAUGCAAGCUAGUGGUGGCAAAGGUCAACCUGCUGUGAAAUGCUCUGCGGAAGUGCUUGGAUGUUUCACAUUCUUAAAAACAUGAAGAAAAAUAACAUGAUAUGUGGGUGUGGUUUAAGGGUUAUGAAACUUGAAUGGCAAAAUAGUUUUGAAAAAAAAUAGCAAAGUGACUAAAUCUCAAAGUGUGUUGAAGGUGUUCCGCUCUGAUGUGGGAAGUGUGGUGUGAAUCCUGUGAAGAGGUUUGAAAGCACCCUGGCACGCAAACAGUCCUCAGAGGGUCAGUUCACAGAGAGAAAAGGCUAGUUUUACAGUGAAUAUCAGCUCUCUCAUGUAGUUCGGACAUUAAUAUUCCCCUUUUUGAAUGAAUCGUAAUACCUUUUGUGUUCCCUUCUCUUUCGUCUAAUGCCAUCAAAUAGGCCUACUAAGUGUACUUUGUAUAAUUCUGUGACCAAAUGUUUGCAAAUGUAUUAACGUUUCCAUCAGAGCAACCGUACUUGGUUAUCUUAUCUAUUAUAAUAUUCACAUUUUGUGAUCACCGCAAAUGAAGUGUGACUGCUUUCCAGUAUGAUGAAGUUUAGGCAGACAUCUUAGAGAAGGAUUGUCAAAAACCUGAAACAAACAUUUCACUCAAGGUAAUUUAUAAUGUUAUGAUGUGUGAACUGACCUUUUGCAUGUGUCAAAACUGCUAAUGUUAGGCAGCUCAAGCAGAUAUUGGACAUCAGCAAUAUUCAUUCAUGUAAUAAAGAGAAGUUCAGAUAUUUAUAAUGCAGUUACUAACACACAUUGUUAGUCAAUAAGAUGUUGCUUUUCAGAAAUGUCUCCUGUGAUGCAGCACGACUUUUAUUAAUGCUAGUGCAAGUCUGAAGAUGUACUUAAUAUUAAUAUGAAACAUGUAUCAGCAUGCAUGUCAUCUCUUUUCUUUGUUUUAGAAUAUCUGACAUUUAUUUAUUAAAGAUAGUUUUGCUUGGGUAUGCUACAUCCAGAGUUAUUAACUCCUUAAAAUUAAAAAGACACCAUUUAAAAACA